CUCUGCACACCUCUCUGUACUAGCUUGGCAGUAUUCCAUUUCCACCUCGUCCUCCAUUUCCUCCAUCUUCUGCCCAGAAGACCCUCUUUUUUUUCCCUGUAUUUCCCUGAAGCCAAACAGUUUUUUAGCUUGUUUCUGUAGCGAGGGAGACGAGAAAGGAAACGACCCAGAAGAUUAUUUGCCAUUUGCUUCCUACGCUGGUGGUACUGACUGGAACUGCCGUUUUCAGAAAUGGGUUGUGCGCAGUCGAGGAUUGAUAAUGAGGAGUCAGUGGCUCGGUGCAAGGAGCGGAAGAUCCUAAUGAAGGAAGCCGUGGUAGCCCGGAAUGCCUUUGCGGCGGGUCAUUCUGGUUACACCAUGUCAUUGAAGAAUACCGGCGCCGCUUUGGGUGACUACGGUCAUAGAGAGGCUGACGAUCAACUCCACCAGCAGCAGCAGCCUCAGAUCCCUCCAAUGGAGCUGAGUCAGCUGACCCCGCAACCACCACCUCCGCGUCCGAUGAUUGAUACCCUCCCUCCGCUCCCUCCGCCACCACCGCUGCCUAGGUUUUCACCCAGUCCCACCCCCAUCAAGCGCUCUAUUAGCAUGCCUGCGGUGCCCUUCAAGAGCCGGAAACAGUUUGACUCCUCCCUUGCGAGUAAUGAGGAGGAUGAGGUGGAGGCGGAAGAGGAAGAGGAGCAUGUAAAAGACAAUGACAAUGUCAGUAAAGAUUUAAAGGGGCCACGCUUGGAGGAGGUGACGGCGCCUCGGACUCCGGAGAACAGCAACGUUGUAACGCCUCCCAUGCCGGAGGCUAAGCACAUGACUUGGGAUUACUUUUUCGGGGUGGAUGAUCACAUAUCGAGACCAAGUUUGGAUGUGGAUGAUAACGACCACGAGAGCACACAUGAUGAUGUUUCAGAGAACAAUGCUGGGGUGGGUUUUGGAGGUCAUGUUGAUAGUGAGAUUGAACCCAAGACUCCUGAUAAGGCCGAGCACAUGGCAAUGGAGGAGGCGGAUGAAGAAGAGAAGAGAGAAAAGGGGAAGCAGCCGAUACAGAUAGAGCAUUCGAAGACGGCACCAGCAGAUUUCAGCAUGACAGUGAAAUCGAUGCCCACUGUGAAUUUCAUGCAUGUUUUGAGUGAGAUUGAUGAUCAUUUCUUGAAGGCAUCCGAGAGUGCCCAGGAGGUGUCCAAGAUGCUAGAAGCCACAAGGUUGCAUUACCACUACAAUUAUGCAGACAAUCGAGGACACAUUGAUCAUUCUGAAAGGGUCAUGCGGGUUAUUACAUGGAAUAGGUCAUUUAGAGGUGGUAUGCCUAAUGGUGAAGGUGGGAAGGAUGAUCAUGAUUCAGAAGAAUAUGAAACUCAUGCCACUGUUUUAGAUAAGUUGCUGGCAUGGGAGAAGAAACUCUAUGAUGAAGUAAAGCAAGGGGAGCUGAUGAAACUUGAGUAUAGAAGGAAAGUUGCUUUGUUAGACAAGCAAAAGAAGCGCAGCACAAGUGCUGAAUCUUUGGAGAAAACAAAAGCAGCUGUAAGUCAUCUGCAUACAAGAUACAUAGUUGACAUGCAAUCCAUGGAUUCAACUAUGUCAGAAGUAAACCGAUUACGUGAUGAGCAGUUGUAUCCUAAACUUGUUGCACUUGUAGAGGGGAUGGGCAAAAUGUGGGAAAGUAUGUCCAUGCAUCAUGACAAGCAGCUUGAGAUUGUUACAAACCUUAAAAAUCUUGAUAUUGCCCAUGCUCCUAAGGAAACAACAAAGCACCACUACGAACAGACCAUCCAACUUUUUAAGGUCGUCCAAGAAUGGCAUUCACAAUUUGAAAAGCUUGUGACACAUCAAAAGCAAUAUAUCCAAGGUCUUAAUAGCUGGUUGAAGCAAAAUAUAAUCCCCAUUGAAAGCAGCUUACAAGAGAAAAUCUCAUCUCCACCAAGAGUGCAGAAUCCUCCAAUCCAGGCACUCCUCCACUCAUGGCAUGACUAUCUUGAAAGGCUACCUGAUGAGGUUGCAAAGUCUGCAAUUUCUUCAUUUGCUGCUGUGAUAGAUGCCAUAAUUCAUCACCAAGAGGAAGAGAUGAAGCUAAAGGAGAAAUGUGAGGAAACCAGGAAGGAGUUCUUACGCAAGAAUCAGGCAUUCGAGGAAUGGUAUCAAAAGUACAUGCAGCGGAGAACUCCAUCUGAUGAAACCAAUGCGGACGAAGCAAACACAAAAGAUCCUGUCCUUGAGAGGCAAUUUGCAGUUGAGAGCUUGAAGAGGAGAUUGGAAGAGGAAAUUGAAGCUCACCAAAAACAUUGUGUCCAUGUGAGAGAGAAGUCUCUGGGGAGUCUCAAACUCUACCUGCCUGAGCUGUUUCGUGCAUUGUCAGACUAUGCUCAUGCUUGCUCUUAUGCCUAUGAAAAAUUGAGGGCCAUCACUAACUCACAGAAUCGAAAUACUGCCCCUUCCUGAACAUGGACCUGCUUUAAUUGGGUUAGAAACUUAAACUCCUAUAUAACUUGAACCCAGUCAAAAGGUAAUUUUUGCAUAAAACCGUAAUUUUGUUAUCUGCAAUGCAUGUUAGAAAUCCUUGAUAUUCCUCCUCCAGAAGGAUUUGGUGUUAUAUAACUGCAUCUUUCAUGUUUAUGACAAAGACAAGUAGAUUCUGGAAUGUUGCUGGUUAAAUAUGAGAUUGAAGUUUACCUGUUCAAUUAUUCAUUGGCUUUAGUUGUUGAAGAAUGUUGUGGUGUCUUUUCUUGUUCAUAUAUAUCCAUCUUGUUUGUGUUUGUAGAUAUUAUGAUGAUGAGGACCAACUUUCACUUGAGCAUCUUCUUCCAAGAUGAAUAACGUUAGUAAACGACAUUAUGGUCUAAUAGCAGCAGUCUUGGGCCCCUGGCCACAUCUCAUCUCUUGUGCGUAAAAUUCCCAUACUUUUCAGGUCAGGUCAAAAUUCAUGGUUCAUGAAUGUUAUUGCAUAAAGGGCCCCAUGUUACAUCCCAUUUUCAUGUCUGGUCCCAACAUUGCAUUUACUGA